UAUGUUGCGUGUGGUGUAUGUGAGGCAGCAGCAGCAGCUGGUGCACUGAUAGUGUGGUCAACACCCCACACACUUGCUACUCUUCUCCUGUAACACCAUCUGCAGUAAUGGAUAGUAAAGGCAGAAAAAUUGUUGUGUGUGACAAUGGUACUGGGUUUGUGAAAGUUGGAUAUGCGGGGAGCAAUUUUCCUGCUCACAUCAUCUUAUUAUGCCUCAAGAAUCAUCUGAUUAACACACGAGUGUGUCUGGAGAAACAAGUUCCCACUACUGAACAUUCGUCUUACAGUUUUCAGGAAAGCAUUAACAUCGAGUGGGCUCAUUUUCCUGAUCUCAUGGUGGGAGAUGAAGCCAGUAAAUUACGGUCAAUGCUGGAGGUAACAUACCCUAUGGAGAAUGGCAUUGUUAAAAAUUGGGAAGAUAUGUGCCAUGUUUGGGAUUACACUUUUGGCCCAGAAAAAAUGGGUCUGGAUCCUCGAGAAUGCAAGAUUAUGCUCACUGAGCCACCAAUGAAUCCAACAAAGAAUAGAGAGAGAAUGUUACAGAUGAUGUUUGAAAAGUAUGGGUUUGCUGGUGCUUUUGUAGCCAUUCAAGCUGUACUGACAUUAUAUGCUCAAGGCUUGCAGUCUGGUGUUGUUGUUGACUCAGGUGAUGGUGUUACACACAUUUGUCCAGUAUAUGAGGGCUUUACCCUUCCUCAGAUCAGGAGAUUAGAUAUAGCUGGCCGUGACAUUACCGUGUAUAUGAUCAAGCUCCUGUUGCUGCGAGGGUAUGCCUUUAAUCAUUCAGCAGACUUUGAGACAGUGCGCAUGAUGAAGGAGAAACUGUGCUAUGUAGGCUACAACAUUGAACAAGAACAAAAGCUUUCAACUGAGACUACUGUUCUUGUAGAGAAUUACCAGCUGCCUGAUGGGCGCAUCAUCAAGGUAAUGGUGUAAGAUGUAUUGCAGUAA